CUAUGCGAUCCAGCCGCCAGCCGAAGAGGGGGAGGACCUGCUGGAGGGCUCGGACGUCGACCCGGACGACUUGGAGGAGGAGGAUGACGAGGCGGAGCGGGCUGCCGCCGCCGCGCCCGGCGCCGCCCAUCAGCCUCUGUACGUGCUGCCACUGUACGCCAUGCUGUCGACCGAGCGGCAGGCGCAGGUGUUCCAGCCCCCGCCGGCGGGCACCCGACUGUGCGUGGUGGCCACCAACGUGGCUGAGACCUCGCUCACCAUCCCCGGCAUUAAGUACGUGGUCGACACGGGCAAGGUCAAGCAGAAACUCUACGAGAAGACCACGGGCGUGUCGGCCUUCCAGGUGAUGUGGGAGUCGCAGGCUGCGGCCAAUCAGCGGGCGGGCCGCGCCGGCCGCGUGGCGCCCGGCCACUGCUACCGGCUCUUCUCGUCGGCGCUCUUCAAUGACGAGAUGGAGCGGUUCGCGCGCCCCGAGAUCCAGCGCAAGCCCGUCGAGGACGUGCUGCUCCAGAUGAAGGCCAUGCACGUGGACCGCGUGACCAACUUCCCGUUCCCGACGCCGCCAGACGCGGCGCAGCUGCGGGCCGCCGAGGAGCGGCUCCUGCAGCUGGGCGCCCUGGAGAGGCCGGAGACGGACGCGGGCGGCGCUGCAGACGCAGAGACACACGUGACGCCGCUGGGCCGCGCCAUGUCCUGCUUCCCCGUGUCGGCUCGCUUCGCCAAGAUGCUGGUGCUCUCUGAGCAGCACGGUCUGCUGCCUUUCACCGUCUGCCUGGUGGCCGCGCUCACUGUGCAGGAGGUGCUGCUGGAGAACCCGCUGACCGCCGGCGACAGCGACAAGGCCAAACAGCUGUGGGGCGAGUGGAUGACGCUGCGCCGCUCGUGGGCCGGCACCGGUGACUCUCUGCUGCUGGGCGACUCCAUGGUGCUCAUCAGAGCCGUCGGCGCCGCCGAGUACAGCGGCUGUACCCCGGAGUUCUGCCAGCGGUACGGGCUGCGGCUCAAGGCCAUGAAGGAGAUCCGGAAGCUGCGCGUCCAGCUGACCAAUCAGAUCAACCUGGUGGUGCCGUCGGCGGCGGCGGCGGUGGACCCGCGCCAGCCGCCGCCCUCCGAGCCGCAGUGCCGCCUGCUGCGCCAGGUGCUGCUGGCCGGCCUGCCCGACCACGUGGCGCGCCGCGUCGAGCCGGACGAGAUCAAGAACGCCGAGGACCGGCCCAAGUGGAAGGGCGCCUACAGGUGUACGUCCAUCGAAGAACCGGUGUUCUUGCAUCGUGGCUCUGUUCUGAAGCGCGAAGCGCCACAGUUUGUCGUGUACCAGGAGAUCUACGAGACAAAUAAGCUCUACAUGAGGGGUGUAACCGCCAUCGAGCCCGAGUGGCUAGCCACGCUGUGCCCGGGCCAGUGCACGCUCAGCAAGCCGCUGCAGGAGCCGCCGCCCGACUACGACCCCGUGUCGGGCCGCGUGCGCUGCCACGUGAACGCCACGUUCGGUCGGGCGGUGUGGCCCCUACCGCCGGUCGAAGCCGAGUACCCGGCCGGCCUGGACCGGUACCGGCUGUUUGCCGUCCACCUGCUGCAGGGCCACGUGUGCCCGUCGCUGCUCGAGUUUGUCAAGGUGCUGCUGGCACCCCCGGCCACCAUGACAAAGAGUUGGGCCAGGCUGCACCCGCGCACUGACAGCUUCCUGAAGACACUGGUCGCAGAGACGUGCGACAACCGCGACCGCCUGCUCGAGGUGUGGCGGAGCAGGCCUCAGUAUCUGCUUUCUGCCUACAAGGAGUGGGUCCCAGAAGUCCUGCAUGAGAAGCUUGACAAGAUGUGGCCGCCAUGUGCGAAGUCUCCAGAGCUGUGAUGAUAAGGGGCUUUUGGCAAAUGUACGCCACAUUGCGAAGAAUGCUGGUGCAUGUUGUCUCUAUGAGAUAUCAUUGUUGAUCGGUGAGGAGGAGACAUUUCAUGAGAUGCUCCCAGCAACCAAUGCUAUAACGGUGGCGCAUGGUUUUCUGAGUGUUCUGCCGUGUCAUCUCAUUUUGUUAAAAUAGAGUUAACAAAAUA